UCUGCCCGUCUGCGCUCCCGCCGCCAUCCCCGUGAUGGCCUCCGCGCAGCCGCCGCCGAGGACGAAGUGACCAGCCAGCGGCCCCCAGACGGAUGUCAAGCCGAAGCAGAGGCACCGGUAGAGGCGAGCCGCGCCCGGGAGAGCCGCCCCACAGCCCGCAUGCCCCCCCGGGCUCCUCCGAGCACAGCCGUUCGUUAAGAGGGGGGCGAACCCGGGCGGCGGCGGAGGAACCAUGAGCACGGAGCGGGACUACUCCGUCAACCUGUCGGUGCAGCAGGUGCUGAGCCUCUGGGUGCACGGCACCACACUGCAGCACUUCACAGAGAUGUGGUACUGGGUGUUCCUGUGGUGCCUCUUCUCCUCGCUCUUCCUCCACGGGGCGGCGGCGAUGCUCAUGUUGGUGAUGCUGCAGCGCCACAAGAGGGGCCGCCUCAUCACCGUGGUGCUGGUCAGCGCCGGUUUCCUGGCCUCCCUCUCCGGAGGCGUCAUCACCAGCGCGGCGGUGGCGGGGGUGUACCGCGUGGCGGGGAAGGACAUGGCGCCGCUGGAGGCCCUGUUGUUGGGCGUGGGCCAGACCUGCCUCUCCGUCAUCAUCUCCUUCUCACGCGUCCUCGCCACUCUGUGAGGCCAGGAGGGGAAACAACUCCACCCGCCGGACGAGCUGCGGCACCGAGGAGCGAGCCGGACGGAGGCCGACCCAGAGACCUUUUGGUUCCCGGGUGGAAGAAGAGGCAGGAAAUGCUCUGGACCCCUUUUCCCUUCUCCUGGACUUGAAAGCGAUGUUGUUGUUAUUGUUGUUGUUGUUUCCCCCGGGUGUUUCCAGAGUUGCAUCACUUCUUCGUGCCAACAGCCUUCUCUGGGACGUCCAGAUGCCUUUUCUAUGGCCGCUGACCUUUGGGUCGGGGGGAGGAGAGCGCACCCCUUUUUUAAAACAGGACAACAAAAACAAAAAAACAAGCGGCGAUCUGACACGACGAUCUCCUUCAGACAAAAGCAAUGAGCACCGAGUGGCGAUCGGGGAGGGGACAACAGAGGACGCCGUGUUCCUUCAGCGCUGAACGUCGGCCUCACCUGGGGGUCUCGGCCUCACCUCGGGGUCUCCACGCCGAUCAUUCCUUCUCCUGAAAGGCGUCCGAGACGCAGCUUUGAGUUUAUCCCUCUGUAAAUGUUUGAGACUCACUUGGUGGGGAAUCAGUGGACGUGGCUGAGAGGGGAAAAAACCAGCGUCGCCGCUUUGCUCGGCCUGAAAUAUAUUGAUGUGUGUUUCUGACUUUACUCUCUUUGUGCUGACUCAUGUCAUUUCAGUUGUAGAAACAUAGCACUGCUUCAUAUACUCUCUCAGAUCGCGCUCUCGGGCGCCAAGGCACCGAUUUAACAUGACUCGGUACUCGGUGGUACCCAACAUUCAAGUGGUUGUGCUAAGCUAAGCGGCUGCUGCUUCCAGCUCGACUCUGUUUGUUUCUGCUUCGGUGUCUCGCUCUCGGACACCCGGACGUGUCUGAGAGGCGAAGCGACCGCUCGGCUUUCAGGAGAAUAAGCGGCGGCGUGCUCCGAGUCGGCCUGGGCGAGCCCUCGACAUCAGCUUCCUCUCAUUCAGGUUUUCAAGAAAGAUGAAAAGGGGGAGGGGCUUGCUGCUCGAAAGUCCCGUUUCCAGACGACCUGUUGUGCGUCCUGCUCCCUGCGAUGACGUUGGAGUCCAGCCGCUCCGUGAUGAAGAGCCCUCCCUCAAAGGUCGGACGGAUUCUGCUGCUCAAGGCGGCCAUUUCUUCCGAUGGCUUCCUCUCUUUUCUCUCUGCGUCGGUUGUCGACUCGUGUUCCUUAAGUUUGACUUUGCAUAUUGCACCGAAAUGAAUGAUGCCUUGUUUUGAGCAGCGCUCCCAGUGACGCUCACAGGACACCAGAAGAAGAACGUGCUCAAAGCGGUUCAUUGUGUUGAUGCAUUAGUUUGACUUCUGAACAGAAAGAUGCACUGGGUUUUAUUUGAGGUGAAUGCGAGGAGUCCGGCUGCUCACGCUCUCGCUUUAUUCAUCAUCGCCGUCUCCCUCCAUCGAUGUCAAGAAGGGAAAACAGUAAUAAUGUGUGAGUGAUGUGGAAUGGGCGCAGCUCACCGUCAGUACCAGCUCAGCCACCAGAGGGCAACACUGCACAGACAUGACGUGGCGGCCUGGAAGACGUUUGUGGAUUUUUUGAGAAGGAUGAAUGUGUUUCGACAUGUCUUCUAUCCUAAUUCCCCAGCAGAAAAUGAAAGUUUCAAAUUAGAGGGGAGUCACCUGAACCCCCCCCCCUUCCCUUUUUGUAUCCACUGAACAUUCUGCACAUCGUCCACAAUUAAAAAAAAUGUUUUAGCUGAUUUUCAGGGACCAAAUGAGUGAGGGAUCUGCUGUCACACGUGUGUGUGUGUGUGUGUCCAUAGGAGAUAUACGAGUGUCGUCGAUAUUUGUUGUGAACAAAAUAUAUAUUUAUAUAUAUACAUUUAUAUAUAAAUAUAAAUAGUUAUUUAUAUAAAAAUAUAUAUAUAAAUAAAUAUUUAUAUAAAUAUGUUUAUAUAUAAAUAGAUAUAUUUAUAUAUAUUCUUAAGCGGAACUCCCCAGAAGCUUCAUAAAAAGGGUGUAGAGGUCACGUGACGCCGCGUUCGGAGGAGCAGCUCGCUGAGCGACACGUCUCACAUAAAUAAAUGAGUCGUUUUAUUUGUCUGUGUUUAUUUUAGUCUUUUAAUUGUCUGCCAAUGAAACUGCAAGAGAACUGGAGCGUAGUUGUUGGAUGAGUGCUCCACCCCGAGCUCCACCCGAGGGGGAUCGAUCCCGACGAGGCCUGUGGGCUAAGUGACUGUGAGAGUGGAGGAGACGCCCAGCAACUACCAAUCCACAUCUAGUCCACCGUCGUGCAAAUGCCAACCCCCCCCCCCCCUUAUCAGACACUUACUGUUACACUUACUCAAUGUGCAGUGCAGCGUGCAAAUUGGACUCUGCGGACGAUCCAACAAGAGCCGAUGCUGUAAAACAAAAAAAUGUGGCACUUUUAGAUAAUGUACAAUAUGUUCUUUUUUUAAAACAUUUUUGUACCAGCCAAAGCUGAUAUUUAUAACUAUUGCCUAUUUAUGUAUAAAUUGUUCCUCCUGCACAUACGCAACGGUCAGUUGGAUUAAAAACCUUUUUGCAGUA